AUGUCUGUUUGCGAUUGACGAUCACGAAAUCACUACAGACCUUACUUAACUCUGCUUUAAGUCAUCACAGGCCCCAGCCGCAUGAGGUACAGGACUACUAUAUCUAUCCCCAGGUUUUCCCGAUCUGGCGUCUAUUUUCCCUGUUUCUCUGACCCUCUGCUCCGCGAUCGGGAUGGGUUCAAUGCAAUUCCUGAGGCUCAUCUUAUUGCUGUCCUCGUUUCUAUUAACGACGAAGGCAUUCUCCGUGUUAGUGGGAGCAGCCGCGACAUGCUCUCCUUUGACCGUCUCUUGGACGGGUGGCCAAAGCCCCUUUGUGAUCUAUAUUUUCCCCGCCAACUACUCGUCUUCAUUUUACAACGUGCCAUCCUCGGCAUACAACGGAAACCAAGGAUCUUAUACCAUUCCUCAACUGCCACUGCCACAAGGGCAACAAUUUGCUUUGACGAUGUCUGAUGGAACCGGAUUUGCUACGGGGGGUACAACUGAUCUGAUACAGGUGGCGGCAUCCACCAGUAGUUCCAGCUGCAACACCGCCACAUCCUUGGGUUUCACCUUCGUUGAAGCCUCGUCAUCUCUACAGCAGUGCUUGCCCUAUAUCUUCAACGGAUACCAGGGAGCGAUACUUCCCGCUACUAUUGUGGGGAUCAUUCCCGGGGGGGAGUCCUUUCUCAUUCAGUCCGGUGUGACAACGACGAGUUACACGUGGACGGUAGAUGUACAGGCCGGGACUUCGAUCAUGUUUGCGAUGUGGGAUACUAAUGGCAACUCAGGCGGUUGUGCUGAGCUUCAAUCUGUGGGGCCCUCGAACGAUGCUUCUUGUCUAAGCUCGAGCUCCCCUUCAUCCACUAUAAGCAUUCCGCAGUCAUCACAAUCGGGGUCUUCUUCUCCAUCUACCACCGCUCCAUCUACCACCUCUCCGUCUACUAUUCAGACUGGUUCUAGCUCCCCAUCAAUCCUGUCUAGUGCCACUAUCGCUGGAGUGGUGGGUGGAGGUGUGGUUGCACUUGCUGCGCUAGUGAUCUUCGGCUUGUGCCUUGUCCGAAGGAGGAACAGGAACGAUUCAAGGCAUUCUGUUCCUACGCCACAUAAUGCACCUCCUUUACAUUGGGAGGACCUUCAUCAGGGCCCGGAUACAUCUAUGACUGCACACAUAUACCCCCUUCAGCACCAAAGUGGUCAUCUUCAGUCGUUCGUGCCGUCAUCAGGGCAGACCAUACCCAGGAUGACCUAUGGUUCACACCGUGGCUCGACAAGUCUGCCGCAAGAUUCCUCUGCAGACGCUACGGGCGUACUGCCGGUACCGUCAUUUAUCGGGCCCAUGACGCACAAUAUUGUUCACACGGAUGUAGAACGUGCUCCUUCUACUGCAUUACAAGCCAUCGACCUUCCGCCGCAAUACUCGGAAAGGCCGGGGCCCGCAGCAGGACAAUCAUCAGUAUCACGGCCGCUAUCGUCAGGGGCAGACCUUGCCCGUGUCCCGAAAUCCUUCGAUCAAACUCCCCGCUACCUGCGAUAUCACCCGCCACCAUAGUUGUGAUCCGCGUCUUACUUGUAUAUGAGAAACCAUUUUGGAUACUACAGCACCCCUGGCUAACUCUUUGUAUUUUUGCUCUUUUUGAUGGAUUUUUGCCUAUUAUGUACGUUCCCAUUCCCCUCGCAGAUAUUUGUGGGCAUUCGCUGGUCAAUGAAUCUAGUUUU